AUGGAAUUAAUUUUUUUAAAGAAUACUUCUUCAUCAAAUGAUCAAGUUGAAGUAUGUGAAGAUGAAUUAAUUAAUUUACAAGGUACUAUUUUUGGAAUUGAUGGAGAUUCAAUUCGAAUCUUAGCAAAACAUGAAGCUUCAAAAGAUGAAAUUGCAUUUAAAGGAAAUGAAUUAAGAAAAUAUUUUUCUAUUGGUAAUCAUGUUAAAGUUUUAAGUGGAAGAUAUGAAGGUGAAACUGGUAUGAUUGUUGGAAUUGAUGAAACGAAAGCAAUUGUUUUAAAUGAUGGAACCAAAGAUGAAAUUUGUAGACAAAUUUAUUUAUAUAAUUUACCUGUUUUUUUCUUAUUCUAA